AUGAUUGCAACUCUGCUAUUCCAGAAGCCCAAAGUAACUGAACAGCUUAAGAAGUGCUGGGGUGAAUAUAUCCAAGGACAAUGCAGUAAAAUAUGUAGAGCAACUGAAAUACAUCGAGUUUUUUGUGAAAAUGGGAAAUAGUGUUAUUUCAAUAGCUUAGAAGAAGUGGAAAGACACAGAAGAAUUAGAAAGCCACCUCAUCCAAAGGGAAAGGACUAG